AGUUGUAGGAUCCGGUGGCCAAUCUCACCCGGACGACUCAAUGUCCAGACAAUACCAGAUACCUGACCGCAUCCAGGAAGCCGUCGCAGUCUCUCAUCACGAUACACAGGGCGGCGUGCAUUUGAACAUCCGCAUAACCAGACCGGGCUCAUCAACACAUUGACGCAUCAAUAUCAGGCACAGUGCACCAGCAAUCAAGCGGCAUGGAGGGCCCGCCACCGAACCCCGGCAAGGUCGUUUGUCCUCUAGAGCGGCCACCCGCGAUGACUGGCAGGUCCGUCUUUUUCGCCGGCACAACGAGCAAAGGAGACUGGCGCAAACAUCUCGCCGACUCCAUCUCCCAUCUCCCCGUGACCGUCUUCAAUCCUUUCCGCCCAGACUGGGACAGCACCUGGAGGGAAGACAUCUCGGAUGCGAGGUUCAAAGGUCAGGUCGAGUGGGAGCUCGAGAUGCAAGAGUGGGCCGACAUCAUCGUCGUUUACUUCGAGCCAGACACCGAGGCGCACAUCAGCCUGCUCGAGCUGGGUCUAUGUGCUCGGUCUGGCAAGGCCAUCGUUGCGUGCUCCGAGGGAUACAAGAAACGAGGGAACGUCCAGGUCGUAUGUGCGAGGUAUGGCAUUCCGCUGGUUGACAGCUACGAUGCAUUGCGAGAGAGGCUGGUCAGCGAGCUGCAGGGGGCUAGCAUCAAUUCCAAGACUCGAUGAGAUUCGGACAGGUUAGAUGAUGGAUGGAACAAGAUUCAGAGAGAGAGGAAAUGUCACUCAUUUAACGGAUUGGAAAGUGACACCAUGGGAGAAUGGAUUCACACUGUGUGAUUGGGCAUGGGCCCGAUUCGGUGAAUCUCGG